AUGUCAUCCUCUAUAGUCACAUCCAGUUCUAUCGCCAGCAGCAGCGCGCGCGGCAGCAGUAUGUGCGGCGGAAGCAGGGGGGUCCUCAGCCGCAGCGCCACCCGUCCAUACCGCCCGUCCACUGGAACAGGCGGAGGGGCAGGCGGAGUGGGCGGAGGGGGAGGCGGAGGAGGGGGAAGGAUCAGUGGGAUUGUGAGGGCGGUUAGUUUAGGGACUGAUGUGGGAACAAUGGCUGUCCCCGUUCUUGGCAAACAACAGUUUCAGCAGAAGUCUGGCGGGACAACUCCUGGCGGAAACAAGAGCACGUCCCCCAUACACGGUGCAGACGGUCCCGGUAUAAGAACAGAGCCUUUUACUAGAGCGAGCGCUGCUGCAUACGUGCAACGGUUCCAUUCCCCCCAGGUAGCCUCCCCAGCCCCACCAGCAGCGGCAGCAGGAGCAGGAGCAGGAGGAGCAGGAACAGCAGGAGGAAUUGCGGACACCCCUCCUCGCACGCACGUGCGCCGUCGAUCAGCCGACUUGCGUUCGAACCUCUCCCUCUCGCACUCCGCCUCCGUCCCUGAUGGUUCAACAGACGCUACAGACCUGAAGCACCCGGCCAGAACUGGUGGUUCGGGGCCUAUUAUGCCCCGCCUGCCCGCUUCUGCGUCCGUCCCAAGCGGAAGAGGAGGGGGAGCGGGAGGGGCAGGGGCAGGGGCAGGGUCUACGACGAGCAGUCCGGGCCGGGAUUGGUCGGAGCAGCUGUCUGUCACUGACUCGCCUUUCCUGCCGGGCUCGUCUUGCUUCGACCUCACAGCGUGCCCAUCUCUCGCGUUAGAAUGGAAUGAUCUCUUCUUCGCUGUACAGGACGCCAUGGCUGCGUAUGACACGCUGCUGCUGGCGCCGCUGACCACUGGCGCGCUGCCACGUGGCAGCGAGGUGAAGGAGCUCCAGCAGAUGGCGGAUGAGCUGGCAGGCAUGGCCCGGGACAGGAUGAACGGCUCAGAUGAGGGCGACGCCCGCCGCUGCCCCCUGCUGCUAGUUCGCCUCUUUGCUCUGCGGGUGAAGCACUCCAAGGGACCUCAUUACAGCUCCAAGGCACCUUAUCCCCUUUUUCCGCCCCUUCCCUCCCCUCCCCUCGUCUUUCAGGGCAACGCCCGCCGCUGCCCGCUGCUGCUGGUGCGCCUCUUCACCCUGCGGGUGAAGCAGGAGACGCAGCAGCUGCUGACCGUGUUUCCAGAGGCUAAGGACGAGGAACAGCAGACACAAGAUGAGGGGGCGAAGGGCGAGGAGGGUGAAACGAAGGCAGAGGGCUCCCUGUACGGCCUUGGGAUCACCCACGCUCGCUCCCUCUCUCGCCUUUCACUUCUGGGAAAGGCCAUUCGCGCAGCAGCAGAGGGGGCAGGAGAGGAGGAUCUCACGGUUUUGAGGGAUAACCAGGAGUUGGGAGGGGUUCAGAGGAAGGUGGGUGGAGAAGCGGUGGGGGCAGCUGGGGAGGGUGUAUCUGUGUGUAGGGAUGGGCAAGGGGAGGCUGUAUCUGGUGUGGGGGGAGGGGGUGGGAGGAGGGAGGUGCCUCUGCUGGUGUGUCCUCAAAACGACUGGGCGAGGCUGAGUGCUGAGUGUGACAAUAACGAAGGGGGCGCGUUAAAGGAGGUGAUUGUGUGGGAAGACGGGAUGGGAGAGCUGCGAAAUCUGUUCAAAUCAGCAGCAGCUGCCACUGCUGCUGCUGCUGCUGCUGCUGCUGCCGCUGCUGCUCCUAGUCCUGCUGGUGCCGCUGCUGGUGGUGGGUUCAGUAGUGGGAUGUUUUCAGGGAAGGAGGAGGGGGAGGAUGAGGGUAGCAGGGAAGUAUCACCCAGGUCGCCUAGAGGGCCCUUGGCUCGAGAUGACGAGAGCAGGAAGAGCAGCAGCGGUGGCAGCACCGCUGGCAGACCUGCAGCAGCCUCACGCUCGUCUACUUAUCAUGGUAAGGAUGGUGGGUUCAGUAGCGGGAUGCUUUCAGGGAAGGAUGAGGGGGAGGAUGGUGGGAUCAGCAGCAGGGAGGUGUCACCAAGGUCGCCUAGAGGGCCCUUGGCUCGAGAUGACGAGAGCAGGAAGAGCAGCAGCGGUGGCAGCACCGUUGGCAGACCUGCUGGCAGCUCACACCCGUCUGGUUGCCAUGGGGCAUCUUUGUCCAUAGCUCAAGGCGGCAGUCGCCCCACCCAGCGCCUGUGCUCGCAGAUCUUAUUAGAUCGCAUAUCAGAUCUGAUUUGGUACACCAAGUGGGUGGGGUGUAUCGACCCUGACGAUCUCCCACUGGCGUGUAUCCCCUCUGUAGUGCCGGUCACCAUGCUUCUUAACGAGUUGGGGGCGCCUAGGUCCAAGGAAUCGGAUCUGCUCAUGUGUCACCGCUCUGAACUCCUCCAUCUCGUCCUCCCGGAUUUUCGGGAUAAAGUGCAGCAGCGAUUGGUGGAGGGGGAGUUGGGUUGGAUGAGUGAGGGUGGUGGGGUAGGAGGAGGGGUAGGAGGAGGGGUAGGAGGAGGGGUAGGAGGAGGGGUAGGAGGAGGGGUAGGAGGUGGGGUAGGAGGAGGGGUAGGAGGAGGGGUAGGAGGAGGGGUAGGAGGGGACGCUGCUAACGGGGAGGUGUGGGCGGUGAAGCGUGCGAACACGGUUUCAGAUGAGCAGCUGGAGGAGUUUGAGAAAGAGGUGAGAAUCCGUGGAGUGCGAAAGGGAAGCUUUGAGACGUCUCAAAACUUCACUUUCUACACGGGGAUUCUCGUCUACGAGUUCAUGGACAGCGGCACCCUCUCCUCGGCGCCUCCACCCUCUCAUCAUCACUUUGUACCCUGCUCCUGUGUGCUGCCGUUCCCCUCUGCUUCUCCCUCCCUUGCCCUCCGCUUCUCCCUCCCUUCCCCUCCGCUCUCCCCUCCCUUCUCUCUCCCUUCUCCCUCCCUCCUCCCUUCUCCCUCCUCCCUUCAGGUGUCAUUCAUGAGUCGUAUGGCCCACCAGCACCUAGUGUCAUUCAUGAGUCGCAUGGCUCAUCAGCACCUGGUGCGACUCAUAGGCUUCUGGGCGGACUGUGAUGAGCGAAUUCUCAUCUACGAGUACAUGCACAACGGCAUGCUCUCCUCACGCCUCCACCGCAGCGCCUCCCACCUCGCCUCCUCCCACCCGUCCUCCGAAGCCCACGCCAAAGACAACAAGCCUUUCUUCAAGCUCUACCCCUCGUCUGCCUCGACAAGCAAGGCUGCUUCUGCUGCUGCUGCUCGUGCAUCGGACCUCCCACCUCCUCUGACGUUUGAUGAGAGAGUGAGCAUCGCUGUAGGGGCGGCGGAGGGGUUGCGAUACCUGCACGAUUUUGCUGCAGAUUCUGUGAUCCACCGCGAUAUCAAAUCAGAUAAUAUCCUCCUUAAUGAUAAGCUCCAGGCAAAGAUCGCGGAUUUCGGGCUGCUAAAAUCGGCUGAUAUGGGCGGCGGGGGAGGGGGUGCUGGCGGGGGGGUAAACCACACCCGGCUCAUGGGUACCCCGGGGUAUUGCGAUCCAGAAUACUCUAAAACCUACAUCGCAUCCGCUAAAAGUGAUGUUUAUAGUUUCGGCGUGGUGCUUUUGGAGUUGAUUUCCGGGCAGCGGGCGAUUUUAUCUGAGAAUAGGAAGAAAGGUUUUGCAGGCAGCAUGGCUGCUCUGCUGUGGCUGAGACCGGGAGUGGGUGGGAAGACGCAGCAGCAGAAAGAGAUGGAGAUGCUGGGCUUUAAGAAGAACAAGAAAUCGAGCAUGCGGGCGAUAACAACGCUUGUCAGCUGGGCCAUUCCGCUGAUAGCAGCAGGCAAGCUCAAGUCUGUGGUCGACCCAGCUCUCGAAAACAACUACCCACCGGGAGCAAUGAAAGCCCUUGCCAGCGUAGCAGCCAUGUGCGUCCAAAAGACUGCCGCCCAGCGGCCGACCAUGGCUGAGGUGGCAACACGUCUGUCUGCCAUCCAGCACAAGGUGCAAGACCUGCACAUCCAGGGGGAAGAGCCCAAGUAUAACUUCCAACCCACACUUGCCGGCCCCUUACCUACUUCUGCCUCUACUGGCGGUGGUGCUGCGGCUGCUGGUGCUGCUGCUGGUGGUCCUGUUGCUGGUCGGUGGGGGAGUGGGGGAGGUGGAGGGAGUGGGGGAGGAGGAGGAGGAGGGAGUGGAGGGGGAACAGGAGGGUCUGGGCCAGGCAGUAGCAGAAGCUUCAAUCGGACGGUGUCGGCACCUGCUGACCAGGCAGGGGUUGGGAGUGGAAAGGAGAAGAAGAAGCAUAGGUACCAAGAGGUGGGCCGGCCGGUAGGGAGCAAGGAGGGGAAGGAAGAGAGUGGGAAGGAGGGUUCGGUUGGGAAAGAUGGAAAAGGCAAGGGUCUGUCGAGACGAGAAUCGACUAAAAGUGGGAGUAAGUCUAGUCUGCCUCUUCUUUCUGCUGGUGAUGCUGUAGAGUUUAGCUCGCAACAUGUUACCACCAGAUACUUGGGUGGGGCGUUUUGA